AACUCUUUACGCGCCUCGACGCGUCUCCUUCAGUUGACAACGAACAAGUCAACACCACUACAAUGUCGCAACCAAUACUCUCAUUAGCACCCGACGAGAAUAAAUCCAAAGCUGUGGCGAAUCUUUUGCCAUGCCGUAUACACCAUGAUGGGCCAAUCGACCCGGCAUCGACAUUUUGGACCCCUACUACUACCGAUGAUGGUACGAAACUAGCAUACUUUCGAGGUAGAAAACUUCAAGGAAAGGUGGUAAAAAUACCAGAACAAUGUCGAGGUGUUGUUGUCGAACGAGCUCCCGAAAAGGACCCCAAAAGUGCCAACGAGGACGUGCUAGAGGAUCUCGAUGCCGACCAAGAGCCAGAACAAAUAGGAAGCAUGAAAAUAACUGCAGAGUUUGAUGAGAUGGUUGUUUGGGGACAUGAGACAGUGGCAGAUGCCAGCGCAGACCCUUAUGUCCGCAGUAUGGGGGAGUGGCUUCAGAUGGCCGACCGGAUUCACUCGUACUCGCCCCUUGCAGAUACGACACAGAAAUGAUGUGGCCGGCAGUGACCAAGCGUCGAGCUGCUCCACCCACGAGAGGCCGGAUGUUGACAUCGUGGGACAUCGAGAUUACCUCGAACCGACCAAAUACUUCAACAAUAUACCCGAGCAAUAGUCCCAACACUAAAGACUGUGUUAAGAUAUUGUUCUUCCCCCAUUCAUGUCGUUAUUGAAAAUUGGAGCAUAGACCUCAUGUAGUUGGGAGCGACCCGUUUUAAAAUAACACGCCUAGGAGACCGACACAUGUCUUUUGCAGCCAAAGUCCUGUUUCUAAUACCUCUACCUCUGACGGGAUAUCAUGCUGUAUGCUAAAUAAGUAAAAAACAAGUCUAUGAUUCUAGUACUACGUUUUUUCCUUUAACGAAGUCUGGACUCGCUAGCCUCUGACUUCUU